GUUUGUAUUUGUGCUACUUUCUAAAAGCUCGCUCUGAGUACGAGUUUGAAGUGUGUUUAUGAAUGAAGGGGAGUGAAAUUAAUUGGCUGGGAGGACGGGCGGCUUUCACACAUUCAGCUCGGUGUAGGCGAGUAACCUCUCCUGCAGCAGCCACCUACAUUCUCCAGCCUGUCACCUCAAUGAAAAACAUCAAGGGCAGGAGAUGGAGCUCUCAAAUUAUGCCAGCCAACUGCUGCUGCAGCUCAACCAACAACGCUCCAAGGGCUUCUUGUGCGACGUCGUCGUUAUGGUGGAUAACACACUCUUUCGGGCUCAUAAAAGCGUCCUCGCCGCCGCCAGCAGCUACUUUAAGUCCCUCGUCCUGCAUGAUAACCUCAUCCACCUCGAUGCCGAGUUGGUGGAGCCAGCCGUGUUCCAGAAAAUUCUGGACUUCAUUUACACUGGCAAGCUAUGUGAGGAGAGUCAGGGAUCAGAGCGGAAGCAGAAUCUGAGCGCCUUUCUCACUGUCGCUAACUACCUCCAGCUCCAUGACCUGGCAAGUCUGUGUACCAGCAAACUCGAGUCUGAGAACAUGUCCUGCAAGGGCUCUUUACGCACCCAGAAUCUGCCUUUUUCACCUGCCUCGAAACACCUGAUCAAGCGGGAGGCAGAAGACACUUCGUCUGACAUCGAAGUAUAUGCAAACAUGGUCCCUCCAAAGAAAAGACACAACGGCGAGAACAAACGCAGCUUGGGCGGCAAGCAAAGCUUUGGGCUGGAUUUGACCAAGAAGUCAAACCGUGCUGUAAAUAAUGACAUCGGCAGCAUGCAGGAGUACUCGCAGUCCUCUGUUUCCAAGACUGCUGCUAAUACUCUACGGUCAGGUAUGGAGAGAAAGGGCUCCCCGGAGAAGACCAGGGGCCUGGAUGCUUUUGAUGGAACGCAGGAAUGGAGAAAGACACCUUCUAGAGAGCGCUCCAGAAGGAAAGGCAACGUCAAUGGUUAUAUGCCUGCGAUCAAAGGUGGAAGCCAAAACCAUGUCAGAGAAAAUUCCCAAGAGCAGCCACAAGACGGCGGAUCCAACGGUGCCAGUCCUAACUUUGUCUACAGACAGGAGUCCUACCUCGAACCAUCUCAGGGGGACAACAGUUAUGUCUGUAUCCCAUGUGGAAAAGGAUUCCCGUCUUCAGAAAGCCUCAAUUCCCAUGUUGAAUCUCACACGGAUGCGGACGUGAAUCUCGGCCAGGACAAAGAGGGAGGGGACGAAGAUCCUCCCACUGCUGGCACCCAAGAAGCCCUAGAGGUCAUCGAUAAAAGCCUGUCGAAGCCGUACAAAGAGCUGGACACGCUGCGACCGUUCCCUUGCAACAUCUGCGGCAAAAUGUUCACGCAGCGUGGCACCAUGACCCGCCACAUGCGCAGUCAUCUGGGCCUGAAGCCGUUUGCCUGCGAGGAGUGCGGCAUGCGCUUCACACGGCAGUACCGCCUCACCGAGCACAUGCGUGUCCACUCGGGAGAGAAGCCCUACGAGUGUCAUGUCUGCGGGGGCAAGUUUACACAACAAAGAAACCUCAUCAGCCACAUGCGCAUGCAUACUUCCCCAAAUUAGACUUGGAGAGUUGCAGUAGGUUAAACACAAAAUAUCAGUAAAGCUUCUCAAAUAAGCCUGGUCUAAUAAAACCAUGUUACCUCA